UACAGUCCUGGAGAACGUCCUGGAGAACGACCUGGAAACCAGAGAGGGAGGGGAGCUGCCCAAGACCCUGACUGAGAUGUACAUCCACUUCUCGGUGGUCCAGGCCAAACUGAAGAAGGUCAAGUAUGACGGAGGAGCUGAGACGGAUCCACACUGGAGUCCAGAGAGCAGGAGGAUGGUGGAGAAAACUGGCUUUUGAGCAGCUGCAGAAAGGAAACCUGAUCUUCUAUGAAGCAGACCUGAUAGAGUGUGGCAUCGAUGUCAGAGAGGCUUCAGUGUACUCAGGAGUGUUCACCCAGAUCUUUAGAGAGGAGAGCAGCCUGUACCAGGAGCAGGUCUUCUGCUUCAUCCAUCUGAGUGUUCAGGAGUUUCUGGCUGCUCUUCAUUUCCAUCAGACCUUCAUCAACUCUGGAGUCAACCUGCUGAAGGAACAAAAAGACACCUCCAGGUGGUUUAAAAAAAGAGCAGAGACCGACCUCUAUCAGACAGCUGUGGACAAGGCCUUACAGAGUCCCAACGGACACCUGGACUUGUUCCUUCGCUUCCUCCUGGGUCUUUCACUGGAGACCAAUCAGACUCUCCUACGAGGUCUGUUGGAACCAAAACAAAGAAGUUCACAGAACAAUCAGAAAACCAUCAAAUACAUCAAGGAGAUGAUCAGUGAGGAUCUGUCUGCAGAGAGAAGCAUCAACCUGUUCCACUGUCUGAAUGAACUGAACGAUCGGUCUCUGGUGGAGGAGGUCCAAGAAUCCCUGAGGUCUGGACGUCUCUCCACAGAAAAACUGUCUCCUGCUCAGUGGUCGGCUCUGGUCUUCAUCUUACUGUCAUCAGGAGAUCUGGAGGUGUUUGACCUGAAGAAGUUCUCAGCUUCAGAGGAGGUUCUACGGAGGCUGCUGCCGGUGGUCCAAGCCUCCAAGAAAGUUCUACUGAGUGGCUGUAACCUCUCAGAGGACAUCUGUCCACUUCUGUCCUCAGUUCUCAGCUCUCAGUCCUCCAGUCUGACAGAACUGGACCUGAGCAACAACGACCUGCAGGAUUCUGGACUGGAGCAGCUGUGUCCUGGACUGGAGAGUCCACACUGUAAACUGGAGUCUCUCAGGCUGUCAGGCUGUCUGAUCUCAGAGGAAGGAAGUUCUUCUCUGGUCUCAGCUCUGAGCUCCAACCCGUCCCACCUGAGAGAGCUGGACCUGAGCUACAACCAUCCAGGAGAGUCAGCAGGGAAGCUUCUGUCUAGACUGGAGGAUCCCCGCUGGAGACUGGACACUGUCAGGGUUGAGCCUGCUGGACAACGAUGGCUGACACCAGGUCCGAGGAAGUAUUCCUGUCAACUCACCAUCGACACAAACACAGUCCACAACAACAUCAAACUGUCUGAUAACAACAGGAAGAUGAUGUAUGUGAGGGAGGAUCAGUCAUAUCCUGAUCAUCCAGACAGGUUUGAUUCCUAUCAUCAGCUGCUGUGUAGAGUUCUGACGGGUCGCUGUUACUGGGAGGUCGACUGGAGCGGAAACGUUUCUGUAUCAGUGAGUUACAGAAGAAUCAGAAGGAGAGGAAACUCUGGUGACUGUAGGUUUGGAGGAAACGAUCAUUCCUGGAGUCUGGAAUGUUCUCCAGGUGAUCAGUACCGUGUCCGUCACAAUAACAGAGACACAUCCAUCACCUCCUCAUCUCCAUGUCCAGACUCUGGCAGAGCAGCAGUGUACGUGGACGUUCCUGCUGGAACUCUUUCCUUCUAUGAAGUCGUCUCUGACAGACUGAUCCACCUCCACACCUUCAACACCACCUUCACUGAACCUCUCUGUGCUGGAUUUGGACUCUGGUCCUGGUCCUGGUCCUGGUCUGAGUCCUCAGUGUCUCUGUGUCCAGUUUAGUCUCCAGAGUCUCCGGUCAGAGAAACUGUCUCUGUUGGAUCCUGGACUUGAACUCUGGUUCUGGUUCCUCAGUGUCUCCAUGAUGAUGAUGAUGAUGAUGAUGACGAUGAUGAUGAUGAUGAUGAUGAUGAAGGUAUUCAUUACUGUUUAUCUUUAGUUUUUUGUUUUAUUGUGUUUUUAUUUGAUCUUUUUCACAUUUAAACAUUAAAUAGUUUACUGGAUUGUUGAUGUUUGAUCAUAAAUUAGAUUUUUAUCUCAUUAUUCUUGAUUCUGUCUCUAAAAGUUUUCAUGUUUGACUUCACGUUUAGAUUCUUAAAGUCUUGUUACUUUUUUUUCUUUUUUUUAAGGAAUGUCUUCAUUGUUAUAGCGUAAGCGUAAGGUAACAACUAUAGCCUAUAUAGAGACCUGUGUCAUCAUUGAUGCUUAUGCUGGUCCACUGUGUGUCUGCUGUGUAACUCAAAAACCCUCCUGACAGAAUCAGAGAUGGUCCUGUACCCAUUUUACUUUCCAGUACCAAUUAUGGUACUUUUUCAACCACCAGCAGGAGCAGCUCAUCCAUGACAGUGAAGAUUACAGUUUUGCCUGUUUUGGUUAUUGAAUUCUGGCUUUCUUUGGAAGUUGUUGAUGUAAAAAUGAAGUGAGAAGAUGGAAAUAUUUCUGUGACAUCCAACAUGUAAAAACAUCAGCAACAUGUCUGAAAGUAUGCAAGUACAUUUGAAAUAAACCCACAUCGGCGUUAGAAACCAAGUGAAGAUGAAGUGAUGACUCCUCUUCCUCUCUGACCUUCAACUCCUGGGUGGAGGUCACAUGUUCUCCUGGUGUUUGUGAGGGUUUCUCCAGGAACUCCAGCUUCCUCUCACAGCUUCAUCUACAGUCCAGAUCAGAGGAUGGAUGAUGGACACACUCAAGUCAGGAGGUGGAGGUCUGGAUGGAAGGAUGAGAUCUGGUCUGGAUGGAUGGAGGGAUGAGACCUGGGGCCUAAUUACGAAACGUGCGGCACACAAAAAACGUGCGUACGCCACUUUCUACGCUCACGGUCGAAUGUUCGAAAAUUGAUUUGAACGUAGAAAGUUGCGGUCUUUCACGCACACCAUGUCUGGCGCAUGCACUUUUCUGAGGUUUUGUCCGUUGGCGACACUCACUGGUGAUGCAGUGAAGUGCAGAAUAUGAGGAAACGUGACGUAAGCAAUAAGUUCACGACCACGUGAAGGACACGACAGUCCCCACAUCACCAGAUAAGUUACACAAGAGUGGAGCUGCAACAAUCUCACAAUCAACCACAUGAUCUGAACAAACAACUAAAGGCCGGAGCUCAACGAUGGAACCGUAAAUCCCAACGGCAGCCUUGGCUCCGUUAGGAGAACCUGCUGAUGAUCAGAUCACACCUGCUGGUCCAGGACUAAGACUGGACCAUCAGCUGGUUUAGUCUGGAUCUGCUGGUCCAGGACUAAGACUGGACCAUCAGCUGGAGCUGCUACAGGUCGGACAUCUCUGUUGCCAUGACGACCGUAUGGGACGACUACUGGAGAUUAAAGCCAAAUCCUAAAC